AUGGAAAUAGAGCGUUACCAUCACAUUGCGCCCUUGCUACGGGAAAUGGGACCGUAUAAUUGUGACUCAAAGAAACAACCAGGCUCUACGUUAUCGAACUCUCAGCAACAGCAGUGGAAUAGAGACGAACCUUUUCACAAUAAUCCAGAUGCGCGAACGAAUGAAAUGAAAAGAACACGCGAUAGAGGUUUGCGUUACACCAUGAAUACCGCUUCCACCCCACCCCCGCCCCCACCAGAAACACUCUCCCCCAUAGAGGAUCCCCUUGAAAGGCCACGUGAGGAGAUGAAGCCAACUAGAAGACGUUACACAUCACCCGCACCCACGAAAUCGCCAUUACUCUCCAGCGAGAGAAAAAGGCAACCACCAACGUAUGAUGAUCAGGACGAAAAACCUAUCACCCAUAGAAUUCGUCGAAGACAAGCAUAUAGUGCGGAAAGGCUGAGACCACCAAAGAGCAACACAAGUCGAGGGAGGCCACUCUCGCCGGCUAACCCCAGAGGCUACGCUGGACAGCAGAGGGCUCGCUCUUAUGAUCGGAAACCACCACCCCCAUCGUCACGGCGGAUUUCCCCACAGGAUGAGUGUCCGAACGGGUUGGGGAAGUCACCUUCUAGUUAUUCCUACUUUCGCCCGGCAGCCACCGCAAAGCCAGCAUGGAGGGGUGUAAAGAAUGCCCAACGUUACAUGGAUCUGUUUGCACCUCCUGCUGCUAACCCAUCCGAAAAUCGUAGUCCAUUGCGUCGGAUUAAAGGUGGGUACAUUGCGCCCCUUCCACCUCCUGACGGUCAAUCAAGAAGAACACUAUCGGCGAGGAAGCGUCCUCUUUCUCCGCCCGUUCCAGGCCGACGCCUAACACCACCAGUGGAUCGUUACUUUCCUUUGAGCAGUGGUAUUAGCCGGUGGGGCCGUAUGGACAACGGCUAUGAUUCAGAACUAACUGACGCAUCAGAGGAUGUACAUCCCUCAGAUGAUGCACUUCAAGGCUACGCUGGUUACGAUAAUUAUGUUGUUAUUCCCCCACGUGUCGUAGAGAGGGAGCGGUGCGUGAGAAACCGUGUGCCAACUAUGUCUCCGGCACGCUCCAGUAUUCUUGUGAGCCCAUGUAGAUGUUUUUCUUCCCCCUGUGAGAGGAGUGGAUCCUCCGAUGCACAGAGGAUGUGGAGAUCACCACAAAGGACCCAACGAGGAACAAGAUCACCCCAGGUAAGAUUAUCACCAGCCGUGGAUGAUUCAAGAGAAAGUGAAAAGAACAAGAGCACGCGAGUGAAGAACGAAGACCUUAGUCGGAAAAAUACUUGCGACGCAGGAAUAUCAUUUCCUUCGCCGCGACAAAGGUUUAAGCCGCCCGACAUGGUAACAAAGAAGGGAAAUCACCGCGAAACCCAAACCUCUCCGCCACAACCCAGCCACAAGGAGGUCAAGAAUGCCGCCCUUUCACCACGCACGCUUCCAGACGAGAAGACGCCCCGCCCGGACGGCACGACAGAGCAACCGAGUACCAAAUCUCCAUCCCUCCCCGCUUCCACGCGGGGGUCAAACAUAUCAGUUUCCUCGUCAGAAGGUGGGGGGAAGGAUGAAGUUCCCAUUGUGGAUAUUAGCAAAGAGAACAAGUCGUGUGACAACAGUCAUUCACCUGACAGCGUUACUCAUACAUACAAAAAUGUAGGAAAUAAGAUCUUGGAUCGUAAAACUGCUGUAAGUCCGCGAGUCCACGAUAAAGAUAAGCGUGAGAGAAAGGGCAAGCGACAAAAGCGUAUAAAACGGCGAAAAAACAAUGCCCCUGACUCAUCCACUGACCAGAGCAGUACGUCAGACUCAAGUUCAUCAAGUAACUUUUCCAGCGGUACACCAUUUGAUGAGUCACGGACAACGGAAAGAAAGCGUCGUCAUCGCCGUACUCAUCAGAAGUCGGGUGGCGAUUCGCACCGUCAGCAAAAGGGGAAAUCAGCUCUAAGUUCCGACAACUCUCCUCUAAGAGAUGAUACGGCACACGCACAGGUGCCGAAAGUGUACCCCCCACUUACCAGCAGUCCUCAGAGAAUUAGGAAACCUAUUUGCCUACAACAGGAUCCAGUUGUGCGACCGCAAGUGCAGUCAGCAAGCCGACCGCCUUUUGCGCAGACGGUACAGAGGCCUGUGUGCACUCCCGAACCGUUUAUCUCAUUUUCAUCUCCUCCAAAGAGCAAGACGGAUGUAAAUGGCAUUCAGCGCAGUGACAACGCAGGUCAAGGCGUUCCUUCUGUUAGCAUACGAGUUGUGCCACCACCAUCUCCAGGCCCACGUCGCGAACCGCCGAGCCCCACUGCCCCGAAAAUGGGAGGAGUGAAGAUUCCUUACAUGUCGUAUCUCCACACUUCGUCACCAACAUCUGUAAGAGCUUCACAGUUGGGACCGGCGCAGCCGCAGCAGACCCAGUCAGCAGCAUCUGCAGCGACCCCCAGAAACGGAACUGGUGAACCCGUGUGGCGGAGCAGUGGUCAUGAUAGCGUUGGACGGAGUAAUACGAGGGAACCUCAUUUAAGGAGGAAGUGGGCUAUUUGUGGGCAUACACAGAUACGUUCCCCACCGAGGGGUGGACGUUGUUCGUCGCAGCCUCCCCAUCUACAGGCGCAUGAAUGGACGGCUAACGGACAACGAAUGACAACAACUCGUCAAAUUACUGAGCCGCCCCUCCCGAUCACACCACGGCGGUCGGGCGCCACCACUCCUCAAAGACCAAACGGAUCAUGCGUAAAGAUAAUCUCCAGCCCCUCGAGGGUAGCGCAGCACUGA